CUUUCUCGUGGCGUCACCAUCAUCAUCGCUGUCACCAUUAUCGUCAUCAAGGCCCGUCUCUGGGGGUGAAGAAGUCUCGGCAGGACAAGGCCUGCACAACACUAUGCCGACCCAGAUUACGCCAUAUAUACCGCGCGCGUCAGAGCCCGUUGGUGCGAGGGUCCCGCUCGGCCAGGCAGUCAUGUCUUCCCUUCUCGUUGCAAUCGCGCUAUUCCUCGUCAAAAUUCUGGCCGGCCUCUACACAGCGGCCACGCUGCCAUUGUACUUCGUCUUCCAGAGACCCUGGAAUUACUGGUGGCGCACGCGAACGUGCUUCGCCAAGCCAGUCGUCGAGAAGGACCCGUCGACGCCUUACUGGCGUCUUGGAAGCAAGCGCCGCCAGGUCCAGGCUCUGGCGGGCGUCAGCACCUUGGACGAACUGGCGCGAAGGGCGAUCUGCACAUGGCCGCUGCGGCGCUCCCUGGGGACGAGAACCACGCUAGGUCGGACCGAAGAGAAACAGAGCAGCGGCAAGGUCUUCAGGAAGGCGCUCCUGGGCGACUACGAGUGGCUGACGUACCGCGAAGUCGACCGAGAGAUCGAGCUCACCGCGCGCGGCCUUCAGUCGAUCGGCGCGAGGCCCUACCAGCACUUGGCCAUCCUGGCCGAGACCCGCGUCGAGUGGCUGCUCACGGCGCAGGCCUGCUUCCGCACGAACGUCCCGCUGGUGACGUUGUACGCGACGCUCCCCGACGAGGGGAUAGCGAGCGCCGUCAACGAGACACAGGCGACGCACCUGGUCACCUCCGCGGAUCUCCUGCCGCGGGUGCUGAGCAUCGCGGACAAGAUGCCGUCGCUGACGCACGUAGUCUACAUGGAGGACCCCAACUCGAAGCCGUUAGAGCCGACUACUCAGGGCACACUGCAGGUCAUUCCGUUUUCCAACCUGGAAAACCUGAGAGCGAACUUCGUGGCACAAAAGUCCGCGCCGACGCCGUACGACGUAGCCAUCGUCAUGUACACCAGCGGGACCUCCGGCGUGCCCAAGGGAGUUGUGGCCACGCACAGAAACAUCAUCGCGGCCAUCAACGGUCUCGCCGCCGUCCGCCAGGCAUACUGCACCGGCCAGGACACGUACAUCGCCUACCUGCCACUGGCUCACAUCCUCGAACUGGCCGUCGAGGCGCUCGUCUUUGGCACAGGCACGUCCAUUGGCUUCUCGUCACCGCUGACCCUGACCAACGCCUCGACGGGCUUGGCCAAAGGGUGCCCCGGGGAUAUGAGCCUGCUCCGGCCGACUCAGAUGGCCGUCGUCCCGCUCGUCCUCGACAAGAUCUGCAAGGGCAUCUCCGACGCCGUUGCCUCGAGGGGACCCCUACUCAAGGCGUUAUUCGACCACGCCGUCGACUACAAAAACUUCUGGCUCGACUGCGGUUUCGACACGCCUCUUCUCAACCUGCUGCUCUUCAGCAAAGUGCGCCGCGCGCUGGGCUCGAGACUCAAGGUCGUGGUUAACGGCUCGGCGCCGUUGUCCAUUCGAACGCGCCGUUUCGCUCGCGCCUGCCUCUGCUGCCACGUGGUUGAGGCGUACGGCCUGACCGAGACUUGCGCCGUGGCGACGGUCAACGACGUCGACGACACGAGCGUGGGCCGCGUGGGCGCCCCGGUUCCCGGGUGCUACCUCCGGCUGGUCGACUGGUCCGAGGGCUCCUACCGCAUAUCGGACAAGCCCAACCCGCGCGGCGAGAUCGUCAUCGGGGGCGCGUUCGUCACGCUGGGCUACUUCAAGAGGGACGCGCUCACACGCGAGGCGUAUCGCCACGAAUCCGGAGUCCGCUGGUUCUACACGGGCGACGUGGGCGAGAUCUUCCCCGACGGCACGCUGCGGAUAAUCGACCGCAAGAAGGAGCUCGUCAAACUCCAGCACGGCGAGUACGUCUCGCUGGGCCACGUCGAGUCGGUGCUCAAGGCGUGCCCGCUCGUGGACAACGCCCUCGCGUACGGCAGUUCGCUGCACACGUACCUGGUGGCGCUCGUGGCGCCCAACCACCAGAAACUGCAGCACCUCGCUCAAGAGCUCGGCAGGGCGACGCAACAGGCCACUCUGAAGGAGCUGUGCGAGGACCCCAAAGUCGCGGAGGCCGCCACCGAGUCGAUCCUGGCGUUCGCGCGAAAGAGCGAGCUGCACAAGACCGAAGUGCCGCUCAAGCUCAAGCUCUGCGCCGAGGAGUGGACGCCGCAGACGGGACUGGUGUCGGCCACCUUCAAGAUCCGCAGGAAGCCCCUUCAAAAUUUCUACGAGCGCGAUAUCAAAGCCCUCUAUGGAAUUGCGGAGUAGAGUGCGCUGGUCAGCACCUAACGCAAGACGUGGCGCAUGCGAUGAUGAUGCGGCUAGAUUUUAAUACACUUGAACAGUAAAAUUUUGAUCUCUAUCAUUCGUAAUCUGCUACGCAGGUACAUAAAAUCAAUACCACUGGUCA